AUGCUACUAUCCACACUUCAAACCCCUCGCUCCCUCUCUCGCCUCUCUCUCACUCGCCACUCCCACUCCUUCACCUCACGCGCCUCCCUCACCGACCAAACCCCGACCCUCACCACCUCCCCUCCGCCGCACUCCGAAAUCCUCUCAACCCGCCAAAUCCUCCUCUCGCGCCGCGCCUCCGCCGCAGACCUCGCCCUCUCCCGCCUCGUGCGCCUCCGCCUCGCGGAGCCCCGUCUGCGCUCCUUCCUACAUCUCCCCGACGACGACUCCCUCCUCGCCCAAGCGCGCCGCCUCGACGCCCGCAUCGCCGCCGGCGAUGACCCCGGCCCCCUCGCUGGUGUGCUUGUCGGUGUGAAGGACAACAUCUGUACCGCGGACAUGCCGUCCACGGGCGGGUCCCGCGUCCUGGAGGGGUACCGGCCGCCGUUUGACGCGACGGCGGUGAAGAGAGUGAGGGAAUUGGGGGGCAUUGUGGUUGGGAAAACCAAUAUGGAUGAGUUUGGAAUGGGAAGCACAACUGAAGCUUCUGCAUUUCAGGUGACUGCCAACCCAUGGGACGAGUCUAGGGUGCCAGGAGGAUCAUCAGGAGGAUCAGCAGCUGCAGUUUCUGCCAGGCAGUGUGUUGUGUCGCUGGGAAGUGACACUGGUGGAAGUGUGAGGCAGCCAGCAUCAUUUUGUGGUGUUGUAGGUUUGAAGCCUACGUAUGGGCGUGUCUCAAGAUUUGGACUUAUGGCUUAUGCAUCAUCACUUGAUGCCAUUGGCUGCUUUGGUUCAUCAGUUGCUGAUACCGGGAUUCUCCUUCAUGCAAUUGCUGGUCAUGAUAGAUUUGAUGCCACCUCAAGUAAGCAGGAUGUGCCUGACUAUCAAUCCCACUUUGUCUCUGUGAGCUCCUUGGACAGUAAGCCCUUGAAGGGACUGAGAGUUGGUCUGAUCCGUGAAACUAUUGACAAGGGUGUUGAUACUGGAGUAAUUUCUGCAAUUGGGGCCGCUGCUUCGCAUUUUGAGGAAUUGGGUUGCUCUGUGAAUGAGGUUUCACUGCCAUCCUUUUCCCUUGGGCUGCCAGCGUAUUAUAUCCUUGCUGUGUCUGAAUCAUCUUCCAACUUGUCACGCUAUGAUGGUAUCAGAUAUGGAAACCAAGUUUUUGCUGACGAAUUAGAUUCUCUUUAUGGAGGUUCCCGAGCUGAAGGGUUUGGUUCUGAGGUCAAAAUGAGAAUUUUGAUGGGAACAUACGCCCUUUCAGCUGGUUACUAUGAUGCAUAUUACAAACGUGCACAGCAGGUAAGGACCAUAAUCAGGAAUAGCUUUAAGGAGGCACUCAGUCAAAAUGACAUCUUGAUUUCCCCUGCAGCUCCUUCAGCUGCUUAUAAAAUUGGUGAAAAGAAAAAUGAUUCUUUGGCUAUGUAUGCAGGAGAUAUUAUGACUGUAAAUGUUAAUCUGGCUGGAUUACCUGCCUUGGUUUUACCAUGUGGAUUUGUUGAGGGUGGAACUGCAGGCCUUCCUGUUGGUCUGCAAAUGAUUGGUGCGGCUUUUAAUGAGGGAGAACUGCUGAGAGUGGGACACAUCUUUGAGCAAACUCUUGAAAAUUGCAGAUUCGUUCCACCGAUUGUGGCUGAUGACAUUGCAUUCUGA